AUGGUCCCCCCGACUCUCGAAGACCGCACUGCGGCUCACGACGACAGCAACGGCAGCGCAAACAAGAAGCGCAAGGCCAGCGUCUCGUACGGCCACUACAACCACUACAAGGGCCUCAACACCAGCAUGGUCCAGUCAAAGUUCCUCUCCAACCCCGAGGACUUGGGCGUGGUUGCUGUGGGCUUCUCUGGUGGGCAGUGCAAGCCAGGCGUCGACGCUGCCCCCUCCGCCCUGAUCGAGGCCGGCCUGCUGACCCAGCUGCGCGACGAGCUGGGCUACAAGCUGCACGGCGACGACACCGUCCACCUCUACACCGACCUGGUCCCCAAGCCCGGCCAGGACCCUCCCUACCGCGGCAUGAAGAACCCCAAGGCCGUCUCCGCCGUCACCCGCCGCAUCGCCGACCAGGUCUACAGCCACGCCAGCCAGGGCCGCCUCGUCCUGACCCUGGGCGGAGACCAUUCCAUCGCCGUCGGCACCAUCGGCGGCACCGCCAAGGCCAUCCGUGAGAGGCUCAGCCGCGAGGUCGCCGUCAUCUGGGUCGAUGCCCACGCUGACAUCAACACCCCGGAGACGUCUGGCUCGGGCAACAUCCACGGCAUGCCCGUCGCCUUCCUGACCGGGCUGGCAAACGAGGACAAGGAGGAGUACUUUGGCUGGCUGGAAGAGUCGAACCGCCUGUCGCUGCGGAAGCUGGUCUACAUCGGCCUGCGGGACGUGGAUGCGGGCGAGAAGAGGAUCCUGAGGGAGAACGGCAUCAAGGCCUUUAGCAUGCACGACAUCGACAGACAUGGCAUCGGCCGCGUCAUGGAGAUGGCCCUCGCCCACAUCGGUAACGACACCCCCAUCCACCUCAGCUUCGACGUCGACGCUCUCGACCCCCAGUGGGCCCCGAGCACAGGCACGCCUGUUCGUGGCGGGCUGACCCUGCGCGAGGGUGACUACAUCGCCGAGUGCGUACACGAGACGGGCAACCUGAUCGCCAUGGAUCUGGUCGAGGUCAACCCCAGCCUGGUGGCCAGCGAGAACGACCCCGGCGCCAGCGAGACCGUGCGUGCGGGAUGCAGCCUGGUCAGGUGCGCGCUGGGCGAGAGCCUGCUGUAG